AUGACAGAUAGAUUGCUGCAACUUUAUAGAGGAAACACUCCUGAAGCUGUUGAAUUUAGGCAAUGUAUCAAAAGUUACAACAAUAUGUUUGCCUUCACAUCAUUGGGAGUCCACUAUGACAGGGAGCUGAGCAACAGAAAUAAAGGCAUUUAUACUUUUCGAGUUCAAGGACAAAUCUAUCAUUUUGUCAAUCCACUGAAACCUUCUGAUGGUGAAAAAGCAUCAAAUCUGCAGCUCUAUUUUUAUGAUACGGAGCAUGAAGUACAAAAUAGAAUGGCUCUAUCAAGCAAAUUUAGGGAGUCAAUUGUUCAGCAGCUAAAAUCUAUUCUUGAUCACAAUCCUUAUUCUGUCUUUAUUAGAAGAUUAGCAGAGAUUAAAGACCUGGAUAAAUACAGGAUUUUCCUCAAAUCUAAUCCUGGAUUGGAUCAACGUGUGUUCAAUAUUCCUUCAGUAUCUCAAGUUGCAGCAGUUUGGUUGGAUAGUGACAGUGUUAAUGGAGACAGUUCAAGAGAGAUUGAAAUAUGUACAAAAACAGGAAGCAGAAAAAUAGUCAAACAACAUUAUGGUUGUUAUGACACAUUACAAUAUCCAUUGAUAUUUCCUUCUAGAGAGACUGGAUGGCAUCCUGGAAUUCUUAGAAAGACCAAAACUCAGAUUCUUCAGCAGCUUGAUCAAACUUGUGAGAAAGAAAAUUUGCUUUCUAUUGAUCAAUGCACUGAUAUAGAACAACUAUUUAUUGCAGAACAAACAGAUCAAUCAAACUUGCUGCAUAUCGGUCGUCUAUUGCAGCAAUAUUCUGUUGGCACCUAUGUCAAGUUAGAGACAUCGCGGCUUGAAUUUCACAGAGGCAAACAAAACAAAUUGAGAACAGAGGCUUAUCAAGGAUUACUUGAUGUCAUAGCAAAAGGAUCCACAAAUGCAUCAAAUGUCGGAAAACGCAUCAUUCUGCCUGCAAGUUUUAUAGGAGGACCAAGAGAUAUGCGACGCCGAUAUAUGGAUGCAAUGACCCUUGUGCAACGUUAUGGAAAGCCAGAUAUUUUCCUCACAAUGACCUGCAAUCCAUCUUGGCCUGAGAUCAAGAACCAUCUGCUUGAAACAGAUGAGUGUCAAAACCGACCUGAUUUGAUUACACGGGUAUUUCGUGCAAAAAUUGAACAAUUGAAAGAAGAUCUUUUCAAGAAACAUCUUUUCGGUCAUGUUGCUGCUUACACUUAUGUCAUUGAAUUUCAAAAAAGAGGUUUGCCCCAUGCUCACUUCCUGAUCAUUCUAAAGGAACAAUCAAAGAUGUUCUCACCAGAAGAAUAUGACAACAUUGUUUGUGCAGAGCUUCCUGAUAGACAUCAAUCACCAUAUCUAUAUUCUCUGGUGAUAAAGCACAUGCUUCAUGGCCCUUGUGGAUCAAUGAAUCCAAGUAAUCCAUGCAUGCGACAAAAUCACAAGUGCAGAAACAACUAUCCAAAGGAUUUCUCAGAAUAUACAAAGCAUGGAAAAAAUUCCUAUCCUAUAUAUAGGAGAAGAGAUGAUGGAAGCAAAGUCUAUAUCAGACAACAUGAGCUAGAUAACCGAUGGAUUGUCCCUUACAAUCCAUAUCUUCUUGCAAAAUAUGAUUGUCACAUCAACGUUGAAAUAUGUUCUGCCAUUGAAGCUGUAAAGUACAUCUAUAAAUAUAUAUACAAGGGUCAUGACAGAGUGAUGUAUCAAUUGACAGCAGAACAAGCAGAUAAGAUUAUUGAUGAGAUAAAAAAUUUUCAGUCUGCAAGGUGGGUAUGUGCUCCUGAAGCUAUGUGGAGGAUUUAUGCUUUUGAUCUCAAUCUUAUCAGUCCAUCAGUUAUUUUGCUUCAACUACACCUUGAAAACUACCAAUCGAUGUGCUUCGAUGAGAAUCGGCCUCUAACAGAUGUCAUUCAAGAUGACAGACUUUCACGAACAAUGUUGACAGAAUUCUUUUCAAUGAAUCAAACAAAUAAAGAUGCAGAAAAUCUUAAUCUUCUCUACAAGGAAUUUCCUCAACAUUUUGUCUGGGAUGAAGCAUCUUCAUUUAAAGAAGCAGCAGAAUUACGAGGAUUGCUUCAUAUAGACAAUGGAGCUGAAGAAUGCUUAUCAGAAGCUAUUCUCUACAAAAUGCCACAAUGUCUAAGACAGCUAUUUGCAGUGAUCUUAGUCCAUUGCUCACCAGCUGAUCCACAUAAAUUAUGGUCGAAGUUUCAGCCAUUCUUAUCAGAAGAUAUCGCAGCAGACUCAUCAUUAUCAGAAACUGAAAUUAUCAGAAAGGUCCUUGCUUCAAUUGAUCACUAUUUGCAAAUAAUGGGAAAAAGCAUAAAGACCUAUAGUUUCUCAGAUUUUAUUCCCACUGUUGAUUCAUCAAUCCUGCUAAAGAAAUACAAGCUGAGCUUGCAAUACCUGUCUCCACAGAAGAUUUAG